GGCAAGUCGAUAAUUUCCAUCAUGGCUGACACUGCGGGGAAAUUUGCUGAGGAAAAAAUGCCUUUCAAUUUCUUCAAAAAAGUUCCGAAAAUUGAACUUCAUGCUCAUAUAAACGGAUCUAUAAGCGCCGAGACGAUCGAGAAGCUCAUCAAGAGAAAGUCUGACAAAGUAAAAGAAAACUGCUUAGUGUCUAAAUGGCAAACAACAAUUCAGAAAGGAGACAAGAGAGAUUUAGACGAGUGUUUGACCAUGUUUGGUAUUAUUUACCAGCUUGUAGAUGACACUGAUGCAGUGUUCUUGGUUACAAAAAGUGUCAUUGAAGACUUUGAACAAGAUAAUGUAAAAUAUUUAGAGCUCAGAAGUACUCCAAGGGCUAAUCCAGAAACAGGGAUGACAAAGCAGUUGUAUGUAGAUGCAGUGUUAGCAGCUAUUGAGGAGGCUAAAAAGACAGCCCCUAAUAUAAUUGUGAGGUUUAUACUUGCUAUAAAUCGCAAGCUUGGCCCAGAUGAUGCCCUGGAUACUGUGCACCUGGCGAUUCAAUACAAAGAAAAGGCCAAAGGGAUUGUAGUGGGUCUUGACUUGAGUGGUGAUCCUUCAACACAAGAUUCCAACAAUUUUGUAGCAGCACUUAAGCUUGCACGAGAAAAUGGCCUUAAGCUUGCUUUACACAUUGCAGAGGUUCCUGACUUGAAGGAAGCAAGAGUCUUGCUGAACUUAAUCCCAGAUAGAAUUGGUCAUGGAACGUGCAUCCAUCCUGAGAAUGGUGGUGCAGAAGAUCUUGUGAAUAUAGUGGAGGAACACUCUAUUCCUAUAGAACUGUGUCUAACAUCCAAUGUUAAGACCAAGACUGUUCCAUCAUACGCUGAUCAUCAUAUGAGUUACUGGUACAAUAAACAGCACCCUUGUAUUGUGUGUACUGAUGAUAAAGGUGUUUUUUCUACAACACUGUCAGAGGAGUACUCUGUGAUGGCCAGAACAUUUAACCUGACUGAAGAACAAGUCUGGAACUUGUCAUUUAUGAGCAUUGAUCAUAUAUUUGAGGGAGAAGCCUUAAAAAAUUAUCUAAAAGAACUGUGGAAAAAAGAGAAAGGAAAAGUUAUGUUUUUAGAUAAUUGAACAAAUAUACAAAAUGUGGAAUGUUCAUUUGAUCCUUACUAUUAAAUUUUGAAUCUCUUUCUUGAGGUCCACUCUUCAAUCUGAAGCUACAUUUCCAAGACAUUUCAGUCUGACUUCUGAAAUGGCUGAUAGUAACUGCAGUUGUAGACUGUUAACUCUGAGAGCAGAAAGAAAUAAAAUUAUCACCCUGGGUUUCA